GUUAGUGACAAUUUCACUCUCGGAGAAAGAUGUUAAGAGUGAGCCAGUGGGUUUUGCUAAGAGGAGGGCUCAGCAACUGAUAUAAUCUGGUACCGAAAGCAUAUACAGGUCCUUCUCAAAUAAUUAGCAUAUCAUGAAAAGGUUCUCUAAACGUGCUAUUAACCUAAUCCUCUGAAUCAACGAAUUAACUCUAAACACCUGCAAAAGAUUCCGGAGGCUUUUAAAAACUCCCAGCCUGGUUCAUUACUCAAAACCGCAAUCAUGGGUAAGACUGCCGACCUCACUGCUCUCCAGAAGGCCAUCAUUGACACCCUCAAGCAAGAGGUUUUCCCCCCAAUUUCGCUAUUUAAAUAAACAUUAUAUAAUAUCUCCAGCUGAAGCACAGAAAUUGGGGACAGACUUAUAAGAGCAAAGCCUGCAGCUCCACUGCAGGAAAUAAGGAGGAAGUCUGACUGUUGAGGCUCAACUUUCCAAAGAGUUUCCACGGAGUGACGAACAUUUUAAAAGCCUGGAAUCAGAAAGUCUGAUGUGAAAAAAAAAGUCAGAUUACAAGAAAUAAGAAGAAAACAGUUGGAGGACAAGGAGCUGUCAGCCUCAGAAAAUAUCAUACCGGAACAGUGUGUCUAACACUGCAUCAUGAAAGAGACUACAGUUAUGAUGAUGGUCCUGUCAGGACUGUUUUACUUACCUGGCUAUUUUCCUCAUCUUUACAACCUUGUUGAAUAUGGAAGAAACUGGACCAGAGCUCAGGAAUACUGCAGGAACAAGUAUACUGACCUAGCCAUUGUACAUAAUGAGCAAGACUUGGCCAAACUGAGGAACCUCACAGAAGGGUUUUCUAAUGUGUGGAUUGGACUUAUACCUGACACUGAAGCAUGGAAGUGGUCUCUGGAAAACCAGGAUUACUAUGGUGAAGGGGAGACUGAGUUCAGGAUGUGGAAUGAUGGGGAACCCAAUGGUUUAGGACACCAUAAAGUUUGUGCAGCAAUGCUUAAAAAUGGGAAAUGGGCAGAUGUAGAAUGCAACAGCCAACUGCCAUUCUUCUGCUACAAUAAAAACACAUCACGCUUCAUAUUUGUGAAUAUGAGUAACACCUGGGAGGAUGCUCAGAGCUACUGCAGAAAGAACCACACUGACCUUGCCAGUGUGAGAAACCAAUCUGAGAAUGAAGAGCUGAAAAAGAUAACAGUGAGUUCCUACACGUGGAUUGGACUAUACAGGAAUUCCUGGAAGUGGUCGGAUGGAACUGCACAGUUAUUACACAACUGGGAUCCUGAUAAACCAUCCAAGAUAGCCACAGAUGCAUGUGGGACUAUAUUUAGAGGCAAGUGGGUCAACUAUCAUUGCGGUGCAAACUGGUACUUUGUCUGUUAUACUGCACUCAGGGAGAGGAAGGUGCUGAAGAUUAAGCUGAAGAAAACGGACCCCUCUGUGGAAAUGGAGGACCUGGAGGAGGAAAUCUUGGAAAAGUUCAGACAGAGACUGACAGAGCAUGGCCCGAGUGGAGUCUUCAAACUGCAAUGGGUGAAGCAGCCUGAUGGGAAGAAGCAUGUUGAAGAAGAGGAGGAAGUAAAAGAGGCAAACUGUGGGGUCAAAUAAAACAUUUCAUUAUCCACAUUUGAUUAUUGAAUUCUCCUAUUCAGGACAUAUGUGUAAUUGGUUAGGUUAAUAUUCUUACAGUAAGGUACAAGUUUUUACUUUAGCAAUGAAGCUUAUGCAUAAAUUCAAUAAGUAAGAUCAGUCAUCAGUCAUCUGCCUGCUUUCUUGGGUGUUCAGCUGCUUUUCUGUUUACAUGUCUACUGCUUUCUCACACUGUCAAUCUCAAUACUGACAUUACUUUAGUCCAAUCAUCUUUUCACCCUUUUGCUGUGAGCCAAUUAGCCUCUGCUUCGCAUGCUUUAAAUCUCAGCUCUCCAUUGUUCUUUUUUUAGACUUUUUUUGUGCAGCCUGCCUCCUCCCCAUCUCCACCUCAGACACCUCAGACAGAGCUCUAUUCAAACCUCAGUCUUCAUCUUCACCACCACCACCAUCUAGACUCCAGGGGGCCGUGUCCUAAAUCCUAUACUGG